GGAUUACGUAGAGGUUGGACUACCUGAUUUUUAUUUUUCCACUACGAACAUUCAAGCCAACCUUCGCCGGGCAGACCAAGCUUCAUGUUUCACGGCCACACCCUCUUCACCUGCGACAUUCAGCUGAUUCUCUGUUUCUCUUACACUUCUCGCUCUCGCUCUGCCUCUUUCUCUCCGAUUCAAAAGCUCUUUAACGUCUCUGAUUCACUCUGCAGCCGUGAGGUUUUGGAAUCGAAGGCCAUUGGAAAUUUUUCAAAGAUAGAUUACAGAACAGAUGUCAGUGCCUACACAGUCCUUGUGAAGGGUUGCAGACAAGAAAAAUCCAGAAGUAACUGUGCUUGAUUGGAAUGUGAAGUGGAGGAGUGUGGCUUUUUGUCUGAUUAUGAUGGAUGAGAAGGCUUUUGCAAAAUCAAAGAGAGCCCAUCUUCAGCAACAUAGUAAAAAGCAUCAUCUCAAUCAAAAAUCCAAAGCCCCAUCAGGUGCUGCUAAUGAAAAUGGAAAGAAACCUUUGGGUUUUGGCAAACAAGUUAAAGAGAAACAACCUCUUCAAUCUCAGUCUCAUAUUUCAGCACUGCCUUCAAAUUGGGAUCGCUAUGGAGAUGAAAACGAUUCUGCUUCAGAAGAUCCUUCGGCAAGUAGUGUGAAUCAACCCCACUACGAUAUUGUUCUGCCAAAGAGUAAAGGCGGAGAUUAUCGUCACUUGAUUAUUGAGGCACAGUCUCAUGCCCAGUCAGAUCUUUGUUUGGAUACCUAUCCUUCUCUAGGGGAUCUUUUGCCUGAGGAUUUCAACCAGGCAGUUGGCUCUCUGCUUUCGGUGAAGGCAGAGGGUAUUUUAUCGUGGAUUGGAGAUGAUAAUUUUCUUUUGGAGGAUAAGAAAGCUGCAUAUCAUGAGGCACCAUUCCUCUCCUUGAAUUUGCAUGCUAUUGCAGAUCAACUUGCAGAGAUAGACUUAUCACAGAGACUUUUCAUAGAAGCAGAAUUAUUGCCAACAGAUCUGGCAAAUCGUGAUGAUGAAGCUGUCAGAGUAACAUCUGAAGAACUAAGCUUUGGUAACAUUUCCGAUAAGGUUGAGAUUACAGACCAAACUACCGAGGUUUCAUCAUCUGCCACCAUCAUUGAUCUUCCAGACCACCCCUCGUCAAUCCAGGAGUCUAUUUCAGUGGAUCAUGUUGAUAUUGAUUCGAGGCAAGUUGGCGAGUCUGAUCAUCAAAGUAGAUUUUCAAAUUCCAUUGCACAAUCCGGCGCUAACUCCUUUGUAGACCCAGACAAUCAACUUUCAAGAUUUGAGGCAGCAACCGCAGAGGCAGAACUAGAUAUGCUUCUUAACUCGUUUAGCAAGACUCUUGUUCUUGAUUCCUCAGUCUCUAGAUCUACUGAAACUCUUCCUGCACAAGAAGCAGCUGAAAUGUCUCUGUUUGAAGCUCCAAGAAGAGGUCCAAAUUCAUUGCCAUCCAGUACUGGCAACCUGGAUGAUGCCCUUGAUGAUUUACUCGAGGAGACAUCCAGUUUGAUGAACCAAAGUCGUUUAACUCACCCUGAAGGGGAAGUAGCUGUUCGUUCCAUUGAAUCUUCUUCUAAUUCUGGAAGCAAAUCUAAAGUACUAGAUGAUUUCGACUCUUGGUUGAAUACAAUUUGAAUUUGCAAGCUAUAAAUCAUUAAAGAGUAGAUUGAUCGAUGUUCCAAUGAAGUAGAUAUGUAACUGGUUGAUGCCUAGCAAACAUGCAUUUGUUAGUCACAGAUGAAAUACGCUGAAGCAUCUUUUCCUCUCCAACUGUUGGCAAACUUCUGGCACUACUCCUUUGAGAGAAUGGAGUGUCAAACUGCUCAAACCUUUGUUUAAAGCUGUUCCUCGUUCAUUUCCAAAGGAAAAACUCGGCCUUGCGUUUAGGUUUCCAAAAUUGUUCUCUUUUCUCUGCAGAAAUAAUGUUUUUUUUCCCUCUUUUUUUUUAUUUUUCCUCAUUGAGGAGGGUGUUAAGCGUACUCUCUUUAAAAUACCACGAGUCCUAUGAAAAUUUGUUAAUGGAGAUAUCUGGAAAUGUAGUUUUGAGA